UACAGCAUACGUUCACCCAUGGAGAAUUUGCAGACAUGUUGUUUGCGUACAGCUACUGUAACGGCAGCGCCCAUGUGGCUGUGGCAGAAUACCAGAGGCGUUUCCCUGAUCGACGAGCUCCCUGUCACGGAGUACUUCCAAGAGUUCUUCAAACGUUACGUGAAUCUGGAUCACUAUCCAGUAGACAUGUAACAUCAGAAGGUGAAGCCUCUCUUGCAGUGGAGUUGCCAGAAGAAGGCACCACAGCCAGCAGCACACAGGGGGAAGCAGUUCCCUCCACAUCACUGCAUCAGACAGCCAUCACAGAAUACGUUCCCAAAAAGAUGGGACUGAUUCAAAAGAAGAAGGUGGAUAGCAAAUUAAUGGGUCUGUUCACAAAAGACUAUCAACCUUUCUCUAUUGUAAAUGACUCAGGAUUUCGUAGUUUUGUACAUGCACUGAAUCCCGCUUAUGAAAUACCGAGUAGAAGGACUACAACAAAUGCAAUGUUGCCAGCAGCAUAUGCAGAAGCAAAUGAGAAAGUACAACAAAAGCUGCAAGGAAGUUCACCAGAAAGUCAAGACAAUUGUAGGUUUUUUAAAAGGAGCAGCAGUGCAACAGAGCGGCUCUUAACAUGCCAACAGAACAGUGGCAAAGUAAAUGUCAAGAAAUUGAUCCAGGACUUGCCCACAAGGUGGAAUUCAACCCUGUUCAUGUUGGAACGUAUUGUCGAAUUGUCAGAGGCAGUGAAAAUUACAGUUACCCUUUGUAACAGGCCCACAGAUCUUCCGUCACUGUCAAAUGAUGAGUGGGAAAUCUGCUCCGAACUCUGUUUGAUUUUGAAACUGUUUGAGCAGGUUUCGAGGCAGCUCAGUGCAGAGGAGUACCCAACUGGCAGCUUGGUUAUAGUCCUGACACAUGGACUUCUGGCAGUAUGUGACGAAAUAGCCAAAAUGCAGCUACAUGAAGUUUCAAUGAAAGUUGUUGAGGCACUAAAAGAAGGGCUUACAAACCGGUUUUCGAAUACUGAGCAGAGCAAGUCCAUUGCCCUUGCCACUCUGCUGGAUCCACGUUUCAAAUUGCUGGCAUUUCAGAACCAGGUAGCAGCAGACAACACGAAGAAACAAUUAAUUAAUAUUGUUGCCCAGAAAUUGGAAAAAUGUAGGCCAGUAGGUAUUCAGCCUUCACAAUCUGUUGAGCCAAAUAAUUUGGCAACUGAGUCCUUCUCUGUGUGGGGCAUAUUUGAUAAGUUAGUGAAACAUGCACAGCCACAGGGCACAGUACAGUCAUGUGCUAUUGUAGAGGUUCAAAGGUACAUUGACAGCUCAGUCAUCAGUAGAAAUGAGGAUCCUCUGGCAUGGUGGAAGCAAAAUCAAUACACAUACCCAACCAUUGCAAAAGUAGUGAAAGAGAGGUUUAAUGUUGUAGCAACUUCUGUGCCUUGUGAGAGGGUCUUCUCAAAAACUGGACAUUUAAUAAAUGUCCGAAGAACCCGCCUCAAGCCAUCGAAUAUAGAAAAACUAAUAUUUCUGAAUGCCAAUGGUACCUGUGAUUAGUGCUGUCUUGCAGAAAAUUCUGGACCCGUGUGAGGUUUGCUUCCAUGGAGGUAACUGGGCACUUUCAACACAAGCAAACAAGACCACACAACUGUAUGAUGACUAGCAAAAUGUAAAAUAUGUGA